AUGGAGUACCUUCCAUCACCUUCUGCUCCAUUUUCAGUUGUAGAAUUUGAGGAUGGUUUAAGCGUAGUUUCGACAUCUUGGUUGACCUUCAAUAAUAAAGGAGAAUGCACUUCGAGCUUUUAUCCACAUUGUGACGAUAAAAAAAUAAUCGAUAAAUCAAUCAUGUCUCAUAUGAUUCCUGAUUCUAAAUGGGGAAAACAAUACCCUGUAGUGAAGCAUUUGCGCUAUGCUCAUUCGUACGAAGGAGCAUUAAAAAAGUUAGAUUUAUUGUUGGAUCUAUCGGAAAUUGAUACAGAUGAUGCCUUAAAUGCAGAAAAACUAAAAAAAUCUCGACAAUUACGAGCAAAAAUUGUUAAGACUGAAAAAUUGACUUCUCAAGAAAAGAUAAAUAUUUCUUCGUUUAAACCAAAAAUAACGUUUCAGUCAUCAGUUUCACUUGCAAUGAAAAAAAACAAAUAA